AUGUGUUCAUUAUCUGAAAAUCUUCUAAAUUCAUCCUUAUCAGUAUGGCUGCAAAGAGAUUUCAUAACAGCACGUGUGAUCACUCCUGAUGAAUUCCAUGUUCAAAUUAAUGGAUUAAUUGAAGAAUUUAAGAGAACAACAAGUAAUGAACUGGUUUUGUUAUUCAAAUUAAUGCAAGUAACAAAUCUUGCAAAUCAACUAGCAACAAUCAAUUCAUCCAACUGGGAAUUCAUUGUUAAUCCGAUCUAUAAUGUUUCUUUAUAUAAUUCCUUAGGAUUUGGAAAUCCAAAAAUUUAUCAGGAUCAAUUGUAUGCUUUAACCUUGCCACGAACAUAUAAUGAGGAGAAUUGUUCAUGUGUAUUACAAUCAAAUUGCACUAGAUUCCUCACUUAUCCUUAUAUAGUAUCGAAUCAAUUGAUAAAUCAAACUCUUCCAAACUUUCUUGGUGGAUGUUUACCGCUCGAUGCGAUGUUACAAUCGAGUUUCUCUUGUUUUUAUAAUCAAACAUGUUUAUCUCUACUGCAAACAUUGAUUUACUAUGCGAAACCUUUUCCAAUUAAGACAUUAUUUCCAUCGUCAUCAUCUUCUUCUAAUCGAACAGUGGAAACGAUUCUUGCUGAAUUUUUUGUCGAAAAAUGGGUUCAGAAUGUUUCAUUUGAUCACUAUUAUGAAGAAUGUGCUCCUAAACUCUGUCAAUAUUCUCGUUCAUUGCCAUUUAAUGGGCUUUAUUUUCUAACUAAAACGUUGUCAAUUUUGGGCGGUUUGUCAACACUACUACGAUAUAUUGUGUCUUUCGUAGGAAUGAUAGUCAUCAAAUUAGUUGAUCGUAGAAGGAAAAGAAGAGUAGCACCAUAUCCAAAUAUAGCUGAGACCAACUCAGAUGAUGUCACUCUCAAUACUAUUCCGAAUGUUCCCAUUACAGCAAUCGAGAUCAAUGUUGAUCCAAUUCAAGAGCAAAUCGAACCAUCUAAUAAUCGAACUGAUCGAAUAAUUGCAAUCUGUCUAUGUCUAUUAGUUAUAGUUGCAAUAGUUGUAGCUUCAGUCAUUUCGACGGGAAAAAAAGAUACAAAAUAUAUACCAAUAACUACAUCAAUCACCACUUUAAUCACCACUACGGAAAUAACAAAAUCAACGACAACAUCAGCAGAAAUUUGUUAUAUGACUUUAAUGUAUCAAUCUGAACAUUAUUCAAUUGGUCAUGAUGCCAAGUCAUUUAUUCUACGUGAUUUAAAUGGCGAUUCAUUUUUAGAUUUAGCAGUAGCAAACUAUGGAGAUGGCACAUUUAGCAUAUUAUUUGGAAAUGAAAAUGGAACAUUCCAGCCACAACAAGUUUAUUCAACCGGCAAUGGAAGUUAUCCUUGGGGAAUAGCAUCCGGUGAUCUUAACAAUGAUACAUUUUUGGACAUAGCUGUAACAUUGUCAAAAACAAACAAAAUAGUGAUCUUUUUCGGUCAUGGAUCAUAUGAUUCAUUCAACAGAGUAUCUCACAAGUUGUUAUCUGCAUGUCCUGACAAACGUGAUGAAGUUCGCUUACUAAAAGUUCAUGAUUUAAAUGGGGAUGGACGUCUUGAUUUACUUUUUGAUUGCAAUAAUCCUAAUUUUAAAACUAAUUAUUUAGCCGUUGCACUAAAUCAAGGGGAUGGAUGUGAUUAUCGACAUCGAGAUUUAAGAACAGUCGACACAUGGGACAUCGAAUCAAUUGUUUUUAGUGAUUUUGAUCAUGACGGAAAAAAAAAUGACAUAGGUUUUUGUAGUGGUGAGAAGAAAGUCUUUACUUAUUCUGCUAUCAAUUAUGAAGAAGUUGACAAAGCGAACUAUACAUACGUCGAAGAUAAGAUUCAUGGAACUCCACAAUCAAUCAUUCGAGGUCGAUUUAAUGAUGACGAUUUCGAUGAUAUAGCACUUGUUUCUCCUCAAUCUGAUGGACUGCACGUCCUACUUGCUAAAGGAGAUGGUAAAUUCUUACAACAUAUCUAUCAUAUAAACAAUUCUCCAGUAUCUGUUGUUCGAAUCAAUUUCAAUAAUGAUUCUAUCGAUGAUUUGGCUAUAUUACAUUCUAAUCAGACUAUUGGUAUAUAUCUCGGAACAAAACUUGGAAUAUUUUCUGAAGAGAAAAUUUCCUUUCAAAUUGGAGAAAAUUGCACCGAUCAAAGUUUUCGAUGGCUUUCAGUAGCUGAUCUAAAUCGAGAUGGGAAAGAUGAUUUGGUUUUGAUCGAUCCAGUUGUACAAACUAUUCGAGUUUUACUAAGUGCGAAUUGCAAUAAACAUUUUUAA